GGUCUGCGGAGAGUGAGGCCUGAGGCGGGGGCGGGCUAUCUGAGGUAGGGGAAGGGCGCGGGAGGUGGGAGGUUACUGCCGGCGGAGGCUACCCCGGGAGGAGAGCGCAGCCGGCUCUUUUCCCGCUCUGUCCCCCACCUGGCGGCCGCUACUGACCUAACGCUGCGAAGUUGGGGAAGGAGCAGUCCGGCCAAGGGUAAGGUAGGCUCUGGCCCGAGCGCCCACCGGAGCACCCACGCCCGCGACAGCCCCGGGGCCUCUCCGCACCUCCCGCGCGGUGGCCUCUCCCAGCGCUGGGCCCACCCGCAGCCCUGAGCCGUGUCAACCCAGACAGCCCCUCGGGUUUCCUCACUUUCUGGAAUUUUUCUCUAGGCCCUUCGGUCAGGUUCCCUGGAGGUUCUGCUUUGUCCUGUCUGUCUUCUCCCCGGAAAUCAAUGAGCGUCGUCUGAUCUCAGUCCGUCUUCCCGGACUCUUCACGCCCACACAUGCUGACCUUUUUGUUGAGACCUGUGAGCAUCCUGUACCUGUCUUCAGGGUUAUUGGUAACAGCUCAGUUUGGAGGAGACUUCUCACCCAGGAUGAAUCAAGUUUCCCUGACUCCCUCCCACAUAAUAAAUCGCAAUGUGGGUCUGAAAGUUGAAGGCUCAAGCUUCACACUAGAUGGCUUUCCUUUCCUGAUCAUAGCAGGUACUAUUCACUAUUUCCGGGUGCCCAGGGAGUAUUGGAGGGACCGCUUGCUGAAGCUGAAGGCCUGUGGCUUCAACACUGUGACCACGCAUAUUCCCUGGAACCUUCACGAGCCAAGAAAAGGCUGGUUUUAUCUUACUGCAAACCUGGAUUUCAUGACCUUUAUAGCCAUGGCUUCGGAGGCAGAGCUGUGGGUAAUUCUAUGUCCAGGCCCUUAUAUCGGUAGCGACUUAGACCUUGGAGGCUUACCCAGCUGGUUACUCCGGGAUCCAAAAAUGAAGCUGCGAACAACUUACAGGGGCUUCACUAAAGCAGUGAAUCACUAUUUUGAUAAGAUAAUUCCCAUGGUAGUACAACUCCAGUAUGGAAAGGGAGGCCCCAUCAUUGCUGUGCAGGUUGAGAAUGAAUAUGGUUCAUAUCAUCGGGAUAAUCGUUACAUGUCGUAUAUUAAAAAGGCUCUGAUCACAAGAGGAAUCAAGGUGCUGCUUAUGACAGCUGAUAAUGGAGAUGAACUGACAAGAGGCCACUUAAAACAGGUACUUUCCACUGUCCACAUGAAAAAUAUAAAGAAAGAAACUUAUGAUACACUCUUAUCAAUUCAGCCCAUCAGCUCUGUCAAGCCGAUCUGCAUGGAGGAGCUAUCUGUGAACCAGGGGAAUGGUCAGUCUUAUGGAUACAUACUUUAUGAGACUGUGAUCACCACCAGUGGCCUCCUUACCACAAAGAAUCAUGUUCACGACCGAGGUCAGGUGUUUUUGGAUGAGAACUUUUUAGGCAUCUUCGAUCGUUCCACUGAUCAGCUGACUAUUCCCAGGAAAAUGGUCUACAACGAUAACCCAACACUGAGGAUCCUGGUGGAGAAUCAAGGCCGCCUCGCCUAUGGUCAGGACAUCAAUAAGGAGAGAAAAGGUUUAAUUGGGGAUAUCUACCUGAACAAAUCUCCUUUAAGAAAUUUUAAAAUCCAUAGCCUGGAUAUGAAAACUAAAUUUAUACAAAGGGACCUUCCUAACAUCUGGAAACCAGCUGUAUUCAAACAUCGGGGCCCUGCCUUCUUCCUCGGUAUCCUGAGAAUAGGUAAUGACCCCAGAGACACCUUCAUAAAAAUGGAGGGCUGGACAAAAGGUGUAAUAUUCAUCAAUGGAAAGAAUCUGGGACGCUACUGGAAUAUAGGUCCCCAGGAGACCUUUUACCUUCCAGGACCCUGGCUUCGUCCUGGAUCAAAUGAGAUCAUUGUGUUUGAGGAGUUUAAACCUGGCCUGGAGAUCCACUUCACAAACAUAUCUCGACUAGGAUAUUGAAUCUUGAGUGUUGUGACAUAAUGUAUGAAAUUGAUUGAGAUGAAUCACUUCAACAGUGGGGCUGUGAGUAACCUACCCAUCCUGAUAACUCCAUUGCUGAAACUACCCUGGCUUCUCCACUUAACCAAUGGUUUGGUUUGGGCCUACCAUCCACUUCCUAAUUUGCCAGUCGUUCCUCUUUUGGCAUAGGUUAGCUAACCUUUUUCUGAUGCUCAUUACACAAUAGACCUACUUAGUGCAUACCCUUUAUCAUACUGCUACAAUAAAGGCUGUUUGACCACCAAAUAAAAUGCUGAAAAAAUGAGAUGCUCAGAAUACUUGACCCCACAAAUGUAAAUUUGAAGCAAAAGUGAUCUUUUGAAAAAAUCGAAUAAAAUGUAAACAUUAAUGCA